AUGCUUCGAAGCAAGGCACCUGAAUCUGUCGUAUCCAAGGCAAGAAUUCCAUAUGGCUUUAGGGCAGACGCCGCGCAACGCCCCAUUCUUCGUCCCACACCAGCUCCAUACUGGAACGGCAAACGCCAGAGCCCGGCAUGCUUCUCAACCCUACCGGACCCCAUGUGUAGUCGGCUUCCUCACACUUUGGGUUACCGCCAACAAGAUCAGCACUGUCCGCGUGACCGCUUUGGCGCAUUGGCCCCGCCGGCCAGAGGGAGCACGUUAUCCGACCAUGCUGCACUAAGCAUCAACAUCUUGAUAUCGCGCCAUCCAUCACUUCCACUCCGACGAGGCCACGGCGGUAUGGGAGUCCCCAAGCCGCGCCAGGUGCGCUUUGCGACCCUCCUCGUCUUGCUCCUCCUCGCCCUUCUCCUCGUCGUCAACGACUGCCGGUCAGGGUGGGGAUGGGCAUGGCGCACUCGAGACCGGUUGACGGCCUUGAUCUUCCUCAGACCGACAGAACCAGGUGCUCGCUCACAGCUUCUGCAACAUCUCCUCAUCGCCCAGCCGCCGGCCGCUUUUCGCACUCCUUCGCUGAAGGAGGCGCCGCUACUUGCGCUCUACGUCUUUAGCACAAGCAAUGUGGCCGGGUACAUGCGCCGCCAACUCAUACGACGACAAUCUCCGCUAAAGCGUUUGCCGGAGGAGUAUCAGCCACUUGUGCAACUGCGCUUCGUGAUAGGCCAGCCGGUUACGCCAACAAAGCUGCUUUGGACGCUGCCGGAGGAUCUCAGUGCCGAGCAAGACGAACACGAGGACCUGGUGUUCAUCGAUGAAGACGUUGAUGGCGGGAAGAGCCUCGCCUGGAUGCGAGCUGUUGGACAAGGGGAGCCAGCCCAAUGGGUGUUCAAGGCGGGUGAUGACCUCUACUUCACCGGCUCGCUGUACGGCUUCUCGUGGCCUGUGGUCGCUGCUGUCGGCGCGGCCAGAUUGACGGAGGACGAGGUGCGCCUUCCGCGACAAGAGGAUGUGCGGACAGGCGAUGUGAUGCUCUCGCUUCCUUCAGCUCCUGGCUCCGACCUCAAGGCGGAGUUCCCCUGUCUGCCAUCGUGCAGUGACGAGGCGCUCGACAAGCUCGCCCAGGAUCAGGUAAACAGGCACGACGCGCGCGUGGGCACGAACCCCCGCACUGGGCUGCGAUACGUGAACGUCCUGAGCAGGAUUGGCGUCUGGCAUGAUGGGGUCUGGUGGCCAGCCGGAAGGAAGGCACUCGCGUGGCAGGGGCUCGAGAAAGACACGGACUUCAUCGCCGCGAGCAAUGACGCCAGGACGGACUGGAGGCCGCCGAGGUGGAUCAGGAAGCGCCUCAACCUGGAUCAGUGA